CCAACAACCAUGUACCCUUUUUGAAACAAGAAUAUCCUAUGUUUCUACGCCAUUUUGUUUUCUUCCAGAUUCAUGCUUCUCAUCCAUUGAGUUAGGAUUUAUUACUGGAUGUGAUGUAAUGGAUGUUUUAGAGAAUUUAUUUAUAUAUCUAGAUAUUUUUUAUGCAAUUAAUGUGAAUGGAACAUCAUAAUUCACAAGUUUGAUAGGUCUUUUUGUAAUGUUUCUUCACAAAUUACGUAGCACUUCAGUGCCACAUUGGGAAUAUGAAUAAGCCACAUAGUGUGGUUAGGUUAUGGAGGUAGUCAUGGGUGUUAAAGCCCACAUUGGCUACUUAGUGAAAAUGGGCUCUGUAAAUGCUUAUAGGGAAGCUUGAAAUUGACAAGUCCUUUUAGAUGAUAGUGCCUAUGUGGGUUGGCGCUUUCCCUAAGUUGUUACACAUAGCUGACCUUGCUAGGUGGCUUUGAUACCAUAUGUUGAAGUAAGCAUGAUUGGUAGAGCAUGCAUAAGGUAAGAUAGAAAAUUACAGUUUCCAAAUUGUAAAAAUUCGUCUGCAUCAAAACAUUCUUCAUUGUAAUGCCAGACAAUGGUACUGAUAUUGUCGGAAGCUUGAAUAAUCUGUCAGCGUUUUGAUUCUUGCUCGAAUUUGUGUGAUGACUGAAAACAUUAUAUGGUUAUAUAAUGUGGUUAAUUUCAUGUUAUGUAACUGACAGAACAACUAAGAUGUAAGACAUGCAGACAUGAUCUGGGUAUAUGUUGAUUGUUGAGCUUGAAUUGAUUCCUCAUUUUGUCUCAUUUAAAGGAACAUCUCACCCCUGGCUUUGUCUGAAGUCUUUAUCCAUCAAACUAGGAAGCAUGCUUUGCCGUUUUCGUUCACCAAACAAGUAGAAGAGAUUGGAUGCGAAGCUCGAAAGGAAAAUGGUUGAGGCCAAAAAAGGCUCCUCAGGACAUCAUAAUUUCAAGUCAAUUGACAGCAUAAUUAUGAAGUUCCCUCAGCUAAGAGAUGGUUUGAAAAAUAUAAGAGUAAGACUGGGUUGAUUCCCAUUUCCAAAGCUCUUCCCCCUUUCAAGUUGUUAUCAUUAAUGUCUAUUGUAAAGUAACUCUCUUUCUUUCUCUCUCAUAGAUGAAGACUCUAGUGGAACAAUUGACAGAGAUGAACUAAAUAAAUGCUUACAGAAACUGCAACUCCAUCUGAUGGAGGGGGAGGUUGAGGAUCUUUUCCGUUCAUGCGACAUUGAUGGCAGUGAAGGGAUACAAUUCAACGAGUUUAUCGUUCUUCUUUGUCUUAUCUAUCUCCUGAAGGGGCCUUCUUCCUCCCAUACUACGUCAAGGUUGGGCUCACCACAGCUUGAAGCAACGUUUGAUACCAUAAUUGAAGUAUUCUUGUUUCUCAAUAAGAAUGGAGAUGGAAAGCUGAAUAAGAGUGACAUGGUCAAGGCAUUUAAAGAUCCCUCUCCUCGGGAGAAAUCUCCUUCACACAUAACCCGGACACGAUUCAAAGAAAUGGACUGGGACAGCAAUGGGAAGGUCAGUUUCAGGGAGUUCCUCUUUGCUUUCAUCAAUUGGGUUGGGAUUGACACGGAUGAAGAAGUGCCUCAUACAGGAACUUAAACAAAAAGAGGACAGGUUGAAAUUAACAGGAUGUAAAGACUGAUGAGGUCAGAUUACAUUUGCGUAUAUUUCUAAAGCCUCUCAAAUAUGUAAAGACUUAAAUAUUGUCUCUAGUCUUCAUCAUUUAAGAUUUCUUUUUAGGUGUUUGAACUUUAUGCCGUUUUAUAAAUUACAAUGAUAUAUAUUGAUGUUUAUUUUGUUA